AUGCACGGCGCCCUCCACGCCCUGCCAGUGCAGGCGGUCGCCGCGACGCCCGACUCGCUCGCGGCGCUGACCGGUGCCAACAUUUUGGUGUUUGAUCGGCGCACAGGCACGCUCAAGGCUGCCCUCGACGCGCGCAUCGACGCGCGUGCGGGUGUGUCGCCUGGCCCUGGCGCACCGAGCGCCGUCUUUCCACGCCUGUGCGCCUUCUCGCCGAGCGGUCAGCACCUCGCUGUGGCCUCGGACGACAAGAUCCUGCGCGUGUGGCACGUUGACGCGAUCGAGUACGGUCGUGAAGUCAUGUUCCAGCGCCUCGCUAAGCGCGCUGGUACGCUGCAGUGGGUCCCCAGCGCUGAGGGCGACGAGGUCGUCGUUGCCGACAAGUUUGGCGAUGUAUGGAGCUUUGUGGUUGGUGCUGCGCCUACGCAGGAUGUGGCAGACGCCGCCGACGAGGCAGAGGCGUCUUUGCAUCCCCGCCUCGGCCACGUCAGUAUGGUCACCUGCCUCGCCUUCCUCCCGAGCGACAACGCCGCGGAGCCCAGCGCUAUUGUGUCCUGUGACCGCGACGAACACAUCCGUCUCUCCCGCUGGGGUGCCCGCCGCGCCGCCCAUGUUGUCGAGCAGUAUCUUCUCGGCUCGCGCAGCUGUGUCGGCGCCGUGAUUGCGCUGCCCGCCGACCGCGCCGCCCGAGCAGGGCUACCCCCGUCGGAUCGCCCCGUGCUCAUUUCGAGCGAUGGUGGCGCUUGCUUGCGCGUAUGGUGCAGCGAAGAGCGCACGUACCAUCUUCGCGCGACGGUGCAUCUGGACGCCGAGAAGCUCGCAUCGUACGUACACAUCGAUGCGGCCACGGAGCGCCGUCGCGAGCGCGCAGCGUCCAAUCUCGCGCUCCAGGGCGCCUUUGAUCCAUCCGCGCCUGAGCCAGACACCAAGCGUCGAAAGCACGCGGACGAUGCGGACGACAGCGAGUCUGCGCUGCCAGCGCAUGGCGUCUCGCUCGUCAUCCAGCAUCUCGAGCUCUUCGAGGCCGAAGGGCGCGACUGGUUGCUCGUGCGGAUCGAGGGAGCUGAGGCCGUGUUUGUGGUGCCGCUCGCUGCGCUGAUGCACGACGCCACGAAUGUGGAAGCGAAAGUGUGCCAUGUUGGCGCGCCUGUGCUGCAGACGGCGCUUGUCUGUGCGCCGGGUGAGACUCCCGAGCUGUGGACCUGCUGCGACGACCGGCCAGGUAUCGGCGCAGGUCCGGCACUGCGAAGAUGGUCGUGGCAAGACGGCGCCUUUAGUGCUUCCCCCCCUGAUGUGCCUGAGCCCCUGGCAGAGCUUGUGCAUGGUGCGCCAGUGACGCAGGAGGGCGAUGUGCCGGUGCCCGAGCCAGGCACGACACUGGUCGCUGUGGCACGCACGCCGCGAGCGCUGGCGCCACUGGCCACGCUCUCGAAGCUAUGCCUGUACUCGCAGAUCAUGACAUGGCCUAAGCCGCCGCAGGCAAAUCCGGACGGCUCGCCCUUCACGAGCUUAUUCCUGCACCAACGCACUGAGGCCGUGGCACGCGACAUGGUCGAGCGUUUCCAGGCCGGCAAACGUGCAGCAGGCCGGGCCAAGAAUCAGGCGAGCAUUCAGCAGCAGUUUGGCACAGACUAG